GUUCUUCCUCCUUCUUGCCCACCUUCUUCCAAAGCAGAUCGGACACAUAAAAGCCUCUCACCCACCGGCCUUCUUUCUCCCUAACUACUUCCAAGCAGAAACCCCAUUUCCCCUGUCUUCCUUUCUUUCUUUGUCUCUGAAGCAGCCGACCUCCCUACUUGCCCACCUUCGUCCAAAGCAAAUCGGAAACACCAAAGCAUCUCAGUCAUCGGCCGUCUUUCUCCCUAACUACUUCAAAGCAGAAAAGCCCAUUUCCCCUCACCGGAAAAUCCCCACCAAAAUCCCAUUUCUCCUCCUGUGAGUGUCCUUCCUUUUCUCUGAUUUUUUUUCUUUUUUGGUGGUGAUGAAUGAUGAUGAUCUGGGAGACGCGACGAAGCAGGGCAUGGGUCGGUGAAGCCAAACGAAGCAGUGCAUGGGUCGGUGAAUACCAGAGGGGAGUGAAGCAGAGGGUGUUCCAGCCACCAGACUUUGGAUUCUCGAAGCAUUGUGCCAUUCCAUUGUCUUCAAUUUCCAAUGAUUGGGUUUUGUGGAAUCAACUCUUAAAGCGAGAAACAGGACUCGGGUGGAAUCAUGAAAAAGGCACAAUUGAUGCUACUCCUCAACGAUGGGCUGAAUUGAAAGCGGAGAACAAAGAAUAUGGUAAAUUUGAGCAUCAUGGAUUAGAAAACACAGUGGAGUUGCAGCAAAUGUUUGACAAAAUAGUGUUCACCGGUGAAACUGCAUGGACUCCAGCUGCUGGGCCUAUUCCUCCAGUACAACAGAAUGUGGGGUUUGAAGAUGCUGUUGAUUUGGAAGAAGGAAGUGGUGAUUCUGAUGAGAUGGAUUUAGAUCCAAGGUGGAAUUAUGAAAAUAGUAAUGAGUUUGAGGUGGAGGAAGAAAAUAGUGAUGAGGAUGAGAUGGAGGAACAAGCUAUAGAACAAAGAGAUAAGCAGAAGAGUUUCAAGACUUUCAGGUUGGCAAUGGGUGCAAGAGACAUUGGCAACUCCAGGUGAAAGUUGUAAAUUAUUUAGAAUGGAACCACAUGUUUUUACGGGAUUAUGUUCUUUGUUAGUUAGUAAUUAUGGGCUAACAUCAACAAGAGAAAUAUGUGCAGAAGAAUCACUUGCAAUGUUUCUUUGGACAUGUGCACAUAAUCAAUCUAAUCGAAAUGU